AUGCGCGGUGUGUUCACGAGCAACCGCUCUGCGCAGACAUUGUACAGUUCAGUUAGCCACGCAGCUACAGGAGAGUUUUUUUACGGAAGGAAACAUCAUUUAAAAGCAUAUGUUAAGCAAAGGUGUUUUGUUUAUGAUUAUUUUAUAAUCGCAUGCUGUUGAGGAUACGUCUUUAUGCACUGCGCAACUGCUGCGCAUAAUUGACACUGAUGAGCACACAGCACUGACACCGACACCGGCAUGAGCCGGAAGUGUUCUGACGAAUUACCCCUGGAGGAGGAGGAGGGAAUGGAAGUGGACUGUAAACCAGAGGACCUGUCCAAGUGUUCCUAUGAGGAACGCUGUGUGGAGCUGACAGAUGUUAAAGAUAUGAGGGUGGAAGCUGAGGCGGUGGUCAACGAUGUGCUCUUCGCCGUGACAACCAUGCACGUCUCUCACAUUCUUACCAGUGGAGUGGAUGUAGCGUAUAUUAAUGUCGAAACCAGAGAGGGAAACCGGUAUUGCUUGGAGCUCACCGAGGCUGGGUUGAGGGUGGUGGGACACACCUUUGAUCAGGUCGAUGAUGGUUUGAGCACCCAGUAUCAUGAGACUGUUUACUCACUGUUGGAUUCCUUAAGUCCUGGUUACAGGGAGGCAUUUGGAAAUGCUUUGCUACAAAGACUAGAGAGACUUAAACAAAAUGGACACUGAGGGGUUCAGUAUCACUCAAAACACCAUUGCUUGCCAAGUCCUGUGAUGCCCUCUGCUUAAUACAUCAUUGAUAUUUUGCCAUUUUCAAUUUUUAACUGGUUAUUUGUUUUACAGAACUUGUGAUUAUUUGGAAAAUGACUUGCUUGUGAUGUUUUAAGUAUUAUUUAGAGAGGUAUUAUUAGAGGCUGUAACAGAUAAGGAGCCCAGAAUUAAUACUCCACAUAAUUUACUAUGUUAAAAUAUUUGCGAACUCAUUGUAACCAAGAUCUUGUGUUAACCUAAAGGUGCACUGAUUUCAGCUUAACAGAGCCCAGCAAAGUAUUAUAUUUUAAGCCUUAUACUGUACUUUUGUCAUCUGUUUAAAGCUUGGUACAGGAAGUAUUAUUAUAAUUAAAAAAUAAUAUCAGAUGCUAGUGAUGUAGUACUCGAGUCCGGUCUCCGACCGUUUUCUGCUUUUUCGGACUCGUCUCGGACUUGUUCCUUCAAAGACUCGGUCUUGACUCGAUCUCGGACCACAGUGAGAGGAGAAGGACCAUGAUUUCCAACCGAGUCCUCGAGACCAACACAUUUUUUUUAUGUUCAUAUAAAAAACCACAUGACAAUAAUUAAUAAAAUGCAAUGUUGACGGGCA